AUGUCUGAAUCUUCUGGAAAUUUUUUAUUCUGGAUUCAAGUCACACAUUUUGUCCCAAAACUUGGAUUCAUUCUCACAACACUUUUCGGAUCGCUUCUUCUUCUGCUCAAUUAUCUCGGCGCGCAGAAAAACUUUGGAUCCUAUAAAUACCUGAUCAGUGCGUUUACAAUUCUUGGCAUGGUUUUUUCAGCCGUUGAGAUUCUGGUUUAUCCGAAUGUGCACAAUUAUAAAGCCGGAUUUCUGUUCUUCAGUUUCCAAGAGUCUUUUGGUUUGACAAGUUCAUGGAGUAGGAAUAUACCAUUGGCAGGUUACACAUUUUUCCAUUCAGCCACAAUGUCGCUGUUGUCGGUGCAUUUUAUAUACAGAUAUUGGGCUGUUUUUGACACUAACAAAUUAAACUACUUCCAAGGGAUCCGGUCUCUGAUCUGGUUUGGCUACUGCACAUUCUUUGGGUUCCAAUAUGCCCUUGGAACUUACUUCUUCCUUGCCAGAGACGAAAUUAUCACAACUCCCACUAUCAUUCUUUUUAUUCCGAUUACUAUCAUCAUGAUUUUGCCAAUUAUGAAUCUGGAUAUCAGUCUUCCAACUGGAGUGUUCCUUUGUAGUUUUACCCUCUAUCCAGCAACUGAUUCGAUGACUGUAAUGUAUGUGGUGUCAGAGUAUAAGAAUACAGCUAAAAGAAUCCACAAAGUGUUCGGAAAUGGAAUAAAAGAAAUACAAGUAUCGAGAAUUAGCUCUACAAUAAACCCGGCCAGCACAGCACCGUCUUCGUGA